CGAAGUUGAUGUUAGUAUCGAGAAUGAUGCGAGGAGGGAGAAUGGUAGUGAUAGUGGUAGUAAUGGAAUGGUGAGCAGGGAAGUCCGAAUUGAAGACGGUGUUGCUGCGAAAACUAGUGGUGAAGAUGACUCUCCAGGAGGAAUAUCCAAGGUAUUUUGACUUGGCCAUGGAUAGAAGGAAGGAUCACCCAAAGGAGGUUUUAACUCUCUUCAAAAUCACUUAUUAGUAACCUUGCAUCGAUUGGGAUCAAAGGAAAGGAGGUCCUCUACUGCUCCAUUUGGAAUGGUUUUUAUCCAUAAAAAGAUAUCUCUGGCAAGACUCUUCUUAAAGUCAACACCAUGCCAGUACAAACAUCAAAUGUUGACCGGUCGGAGUCUGAUUUGAGCCAGCAUAAAUUAGAAAGAUCGAAGACUGAGGCGUCAAAACAUAAGUUUCUUGCUGAAGAGGCAGCUAAAAUUUUUGAUGACAAGGUUCCUGUUCAUAUGAAGCGUAAAUUUUUAAACAGAAUAGCCACAGUGAAAGAUGACGGAACAGUGGAAUUUGAAGUCCCUGUAGACGUUGCACCCUCUCUUGGCAUUAAACCAAAGGACCAUCAUAAUAUAAUUGAAGAAGAACCUCUUGAAGCAACAGACCUCCAGGAUAUUCCACCUUUGCAAAUAGUAAUGCUUAUUGUUGGCACACGUGGAGAUGUACAGCCAUUUAUAGCAAUUGGAAAGCGUCUACAGGAUUAUGGUCAUCGUGUUAGACUUGCUACUCAUUCAAAUUUCAAGGAGUUUGUUUUAACUGCUGGGCUGGAGUUUUAUGCUCUAGGUGGAGAUCCUAAGAUUCUUGCCGGCUACAUGGUAAAAAACAAAGGCUUCUUGCCCUCGGGGCCUUCUGAAAUACCUGUUCAAAGGAAUCAAAUGAAGGAAAUCAUUUAUUCGCUUCUUCCAGCUUGCAAAGAACCUGAUCCUGAAACUGGUAUUUCAUUUGUCGCAGAAGCGAUCAUUGCCAACCCACCAGCUUACGGACAUACUCAUGUGGCAGAGGCACUUAAAAUUCCAAUUCACAUAUUUUUCACAAUGCCGUGGACGCCAACAAGUGAAUUUCCACAUCCUUUAUCACGUGUCAAGCAACAAGCUGGCUAUCGGCUCUCAUAUCAAAUUGUAGAUUCCUUAAUUUGGCUUGGGAUACGGGACAUGAUUAAUGAUCUUAGAAAGAAAAAGCUGAAGCUACGUCCAGUCACUUAUUUAAGUGGUUCACAUGCCUCUGAAUCCAAUGUGCCACAUGGAUAUAUAUGGAGCCCACAUCUUGUUCCUAAACCAAAAGAUUGGGGACCUAAGGUGGAUGUGGUCGGAUUUUGCUUCCUUGAUCUUGCAUCAAAUUAUGAACCUCCUGAGUCACUUGUAAAUUGGCUUAAGGCUGGUGACAAGCCCAUUUAUAUCGGUUUUGGUAGCCUUCCUGUCCAAGAGCCUGAAAAGAUGACCAAAAUAAUUGUAGAAGCGCUGGAAAUUACUGGGCAGAGAGGCAUCAUCAACAAAGGCUGGGGUGGUCUUGGAAAUUUGACAGAACCGAAGGACUUCGUAUAUUUAUUAGACAAUUGCCCUCAUGAUUGGCUAUUCUUACGGUGCAAGGCUGUGGUGCAUCAUGGAGGUGCUGGAACAACAGCUGCUGGACUAAAAGCUGCUUGUCCAACGGCGAUUAUUCCUUUCUUUGGAGAUCAACCAUUUUGGGGUGAACGGGUACAUGCUAGAGGAGUUGGUCCUGCACCCAUCCCAGUUGAAGAGUUCUCACUUAACAAGUUGGUUAAUGCCAUAAAUUUCAUGCUAGAUCCAAAGGUCAAGCAUUCUGCUGUGGAGCUUGCCAAGGCCAUGGAGAAUGAGGAUGGAGUAGAAGGAGCUGUGAAAGCCUUCUUCAAGCAUUAUCGUAGUGGAAGAAAGACUGAACCCGAAUCAGAGACAGAGGACUCGACCGUUUUCUCUAUACGCCGAUGUUUUGGUUGUUCUUGAUUCUAUGCUGUGGAAGGUAUCCUCGAUUUGUUUUACUAACAACAGAUAAUGGCAUGUCCCUGCUAUGAAACAUGGGCAAAUGUCCUGUGCGCUGAUGUUUUUCUUUGUGGUCAAUGUUUAGAAUGUUGAUAAUCUCUAUCUAUGCUUUACACCUUUCUAUUUGUUGUUAUCAGUACUUUUUUUAUGCAAUUCACGUCUAGUUUUUUUCA